AUGUUUUUCUUCCUUUCAUUCUUUAUCCACUCAUAUGAUGUCAAAGAUCCGUAUUUUAAGGAUCAAUUUCCGAUAGAAAAUAAUGGAAGAUGGGUAGGAAUAUCCAACGAAGACAUCGAAGUGAAAGAAUGUUGGGAUAAUGAUGUAUUUGGAACAGAUAUUCCUGUUGCAGUCAUCGACGAUGGAUGCAAUUACAAUCAUUUAGAUCUAAAUCGUUCUUAUGUUAAAGAAAAGUCUUUUAAUUAUAAAACUUGGACAAAUGAUGCUAUAAAUGAAAACGAAACGUACAAAUCUGGAACCAUCAAUGCAGGAAACAUUGCAGCUGAUGGUAAUAAUAUAUCAAUUAUUGGAGUUGCGAAAGAUGCUAAAGUUGGAUGCUUCAAUAUCAAAGCAAAUUACACAUAUGACAAUCUAAUUGAUUCGCUUUCGAGAUAUAACGAUUACUAUCGAAUUAAAUUAAUUGGAUUUACUAAUGAAUGUGAUACAGCUUGCAAUUUCGAGGAACCACGUCAAGAAAUCACAGAUGCAAUUAAUAAAGCGCCUUCUUCAUUAAUUUACGUCAAACCUGCAGGCUCAAACGCUAUAAUUGGCGGAGAUACAAACAAUGAUGCUCUUUCUAGAUCGCCAAGAGUCGUUAUUGUUAGCGAUUCCAAUCAUAGAGGUGCCAGAUCUGCAUGGUCUAACCGCGGCACUAACAUUUUAUGCACGGCUCCUUCAGGAGGUUCAUCAUCCUACGAUAACAUACGAGUUCCAUCAUCGCCAGGCUUAUCAACAGUCGACAAUGAAGGUGUAGAGAUCCCAGACCCCCGAAACAAAGGCGCUUCCUACAUUUCAGGCGCAAUUGCCUUGUUAUUACAGCAAAAACCGAGUUUUACAUGGCGAGAGGUUCAAUACGCCAUUGCCAGCAGCUGCACGAAGAUCGAUCCGAACCAUCCUUCGUGGGUUAUCAACGGCGGAAAGUUUUUCUACUCGCAUAUCUACGGUUUCGGCCGAUUGAACUCUAAUCUGAUGCUCCAGAUCUCAGACAGCAUCGGAACACUACCAGAUCCAGUUCAAAUCUCUGUAGAAAACACAGAUGAGGAAGAUAUUCCAGUUUUGAGGGGCGGAUCCAUCGAAAAAGAGGUCGAAAUCAGCGAAGACAAGAUAAACUCAAUAGAAUACGUCACUCUGUCUAUCGAUCUCGAUGUUUCCGACUUCAGUGCCCUCAGAAUUUGGGUUUACUCCCCUCAAAACACGUUUUCCUACAUCAAGAGCCCUUCCCACGUCAAGGAGUCCAAAGGCCGCAAGACGUACGAGUUCCUCAUCCGCACAUUUUAUGGUGAAUCAGCGAAAGGAAAGUGGAGAAUCAAGUUUGUGUCAGAUUCUUUGACAAAUCCACCUCAUUUCUACAAACUGAAUCUUUUUGUCAGCGGACUGGAGAACUACAACCUCCAGAGCUACCAAAGAGUCGGCUCAGACCCAUACGUCAAGCCGUACACGAGGUACGAAGCGAAACUGAACAUCACUUCGAGCAGCACAGGAAAACAGAUUUCUAAGAUCGCCUGCGGAAUUCCGUUCAACUUCAACGUGACAAUUCCAUCGAAACCGAACACAACAGUCACUGUGACACUCGGCGACUCUUUGAAGACGUCGAGGUGGCCCCUCCUUGACCGGCCUGUCCCAGCAGAUUCGAUCGACAAAAUCACGAUUCCCUGCCACUUCAAAAAUUUCAGUAGAAUGAAUAUUUCUGUGGAGAACUUCGAGGAAAACGUGUACGGAUCGAAGGAAGUGACCAUAGAGAACGUGAACAGAUACGUCAACGAGAUCUUGGACCCACAGACAUACGAAGUCGUCAGAAUUUCUGAGUCAGGACAAAUUGAAAUUGAUUUCUCUGUCAGAAUGUCACUUUUGUAUUGGAUUGAUGGUUCAUAUGCACAGAGGGCCCGGUUAUCAUUGUACGACAUGGAUGCCGAAGAAGUUGUUUUCUCUGAGUACUACGACAUCAUAAACAUGACGAAAAUAAAAAUUCCGUACAGACUGAGAUGUUACAGGUGUCUUCUUAGUUUUGUCCCAAUUUGGUACUCAAACAUGACUGACGAAUGCCUGAAUAUGAUACAGCCGAUAUCUAUUCUGGAGCCACUCGAGCAGCCGCCUGAGCCGUGGAUCAUAAAGAUAUCGAAGAAGUGCCCAAUUCCUAAGAAUAUAAAGACGCCAACACCUCCUCCUGCAACUCCUUUCCCAACAAAGUCGCCGGGACCUGACCCAACAAAGACACCAACGGCAACACUGCCUGGAGAAGGCGCGAAACAAAACAAAAAGGCUGUGAUUGUCGGAAUGACAUUCACUGUCGUUUUCGCUGUGUUUUUGGGUGUUUUCUUGUGGAUCAACAGAAGAAAAAUUGGAAAUUCGCCGCCUAUAACGAAAGAAUCUGAUUUCUCUCUCAUAGAAUAA